ACCACCUUAACUGCACUCUAGUGGAGUACGAUCCGUAGUGUGUAUCUGAUCAAAUCGACCGAGAUGGUGGUGGUGGUGGUCAUGGAGGCGUCCAGGAGGUGGCCGUGCGCAGCUUGGUUUAUGGCCGUUCUGGCCGUCGCCGCCUUGGUUUCCUCGUCGGAGGCAUACGUCUUCUACGCCGGCGGUCGCAACGGCUGGGUCGUCGACCCCGCCGAGAGCUUCAACCAUUGGGCAGAGCGCAACCGGUUCCAGGUGAACGACACCAUUGUGUUCAUGCACGACGACGAGGCCGCGGGCCCGGUGCUGCAGGUGACGGAGUCGGACUUCGACGCGUGCAACAGGGGCAGCCCGGUCCGGCGGCUCGAGGACGUCGCCGCCGGCCGCUCGGUGUUCCGGUUCGACCGGUCCGGCCCCUUCUUCUUCAUCAGCGGCGACGAGGACCGGUGCCAGAAGGGGCAGAAGCUGUACAUCGUCGUGAUGGCGGUGCGCCCGACGAAGCCGUCCGAAGCGCCGGUGCCGGCCGGGCCUGCUGGCUCCUCCGAGUCGUCGACGUGGCCGGCGUUCCCGCCAACCGGUGCUACCGCUCCGCGCGCCCCGCCGCUCUGGGCCUCAGCGCCUGAGCACGCGCAGGCUCCGGGCAAGAGCUCGUUGGGUGAUUCUGGCGGCAGGACAAUGUCGCGCAGCAGCUCGCUUGGGGCGCCACCGCCGACGUCCGGUUCGGCAGGGUUGGACGGAGUGAUCGCCGGUGUUGCUACUGGGGUUUUAGGGGCUUUGUUGAUGAUCUGAAAUGUUUGUACAUUGGGAUUGGGCAGGACGUUCUACUUCCAUGGCGAAUUUACGAUCUUUCAAGAUAUGUACAAGUCACGCUAGUACUAGUAGUUAUAGUUCCAUCCACAAAAUAAAGAGGGCGAUGUAUAGCAAAUGGAUUGUUUUCUGAACAUUCAGAUAUUGUUGGUCUCAACCAAUAAUACGUAUGUGUGACAAUGCUAUAUAGCCCGAAACCAAUUAAUAUUUCAGCAGUGUGAAAUGGUUUAGUGAUUUCAUCUGGUAUCUCUGCCCUGAAGACUUGAUGGUGAACCUAGUUAAAAU